AUGAAGUAAUACUUUGCAUUUACAAUUGCUGCCCUAUUGGGAAACUCUUAAGCUUUAAUUCAACCAUGCCCAGAACCCUAAGCAUCUUAUCCCGGAUAAAAUAUAAAAGAUGCAUUAAAUGACUGGCUGAAGAUGAAAUCAGAAACUGGUUGCUUGGAAACUAAAAAAUACAUGUUAUAAGUCUAAGCUAAAAAUUAUGAUCCCCUUGCUGAGUCAUAAAUAGAAAUAAAUUAAAGAGAGCAUGGAGCUAGUGGCGCUUACCCUGACGAUAACUCUAAAAUAUACGGCAACUAUGUCUAGCAGCCUGAGGUUUAGCUACCUAAUGUUAUCGAUCCCCUAAGAAUGUUAGACAAAUAUCCUAAUCUAAGCAGUUGA